AUGGAAAGAAUGGAUCUUUCCGAUAACAGGGGUCCAACCAUUAUCGCUGUUGGCUAUUCGACAUGGGCAGUAGCCAUUGCCACUCUUGUGCUACGUCUCGCGAGUCGAAAAGUCAGAGGAGUCAAGCUCGGGAUUGAGGAUUGGCUCAUCUUGGCGUCUAUUCCAUUCUCUUUAGUUCACGUAGUGUUCUUCGCCAGCUACGGCGUCCAGAAUGGAUUUGGCAAACAUGUUUUGGCGAAUAAGAUAGAUUCGGUAAGAAACUGUGCGUUUGCACUCUUCAUUGGCGAAGUAUGCUACAUCUGGACACUCUGUCUGGUCAAAUUAUCCAUCUUGGCCUUUUAUUGGCGUACGUUUGGUAUUGAGAAAUCCAUCCGGAUCCCUAUCAUUGCCAUUGGGGUCAUCACUCUCGUUUGGGCCGUUGGGGUAUUCCUCACUUCGAUGUUUAGGUGUCGGCCCGUGCGCGCGAAUUGGGAACAAUACAAUCUUGUCCAUCCUAUGCCUAAGAGCGAGUACGUGUGCGAUGUGGAAAGAUUCCACUUGUACUACGGAAGCGGAAUACCCAGCAUCGUGACCGACUUCGCCGUGGUCGUCCUCCCGACACCCUACAUCUGGAAGCUCCAGCUCCCAAAAUCACAGAAAAUCGCCAUUUCCGGCAUCUUGCUCGUUGGUCUCUUUGUUACAGCUGUGUCAAUUGUACGACUUAAAAUGCUUCUUGUUAUUCAAUCAAAGAAUCUUGAUGUGACAUGGAAUGCAGUCGAUGCCAUAAUUUGGCAGUUGGUAGAGCCAAACGUGUCCAUCAUGUGUGCCUGCGUGGUGUUUAUUAAACCCAUCCUGGGUAAACUCGGUGAAGCAGUCAACUUGUCCAAACUCUCAUUGUUGACAAGUUUUGUAUCGUCAAACAUGUCAAAGGGGCAGUCAACCACUUCCGCAGCCUCCGCAAACCGAUGGUACGCCAGUGGUCAGGACACCGAGAACAUAUCAAUGAACGACCGCCCUGCUACGUAUAUGGCUGAUGAAAACAUUUUGCCCUACAGGCCAGAGCCGGGAUAUAACAGAAGUAGUGUUGAACUACAAUCACUGGCAACAAAACCAAAACAAUUCCCAAAUUGA